CCCGCACUGUGCAACAUUUAGCCUACCACGGAGUCACACUAAGCUAAAACAUGUCCACCAAAUUGUUCCUCUACUUCUUACUUCUGUCAGUGUUUCUUUCAUGUUCUCAAACAGUCGCUUCUGAGUAUGAAGAGUAUGACGACGUUACUGUGAAUCAAAUGUUGGCCCCCAAAACUCACGAGACAGACGCAACGCAAAUACUAAACAACUUACUAAAGGAUUACGACAAAAAACUUCGCCCCGAUAUUGGAGUUAAACCGACAGUCAUUGAUGUUGAUAUCUUCGUAAAUAGCAUUGGACCUGUGUCAUCAAUAAAUAUGGAGUACCAGAUUGACAUAAUUUUUGCCCAGACAUGGACAGACAGCCGACUCAGACAUAACAGCACAAUGAAAAUACUGACUUUGAACAGUAAUAUGGUUGGACUCAUUUGGCUUCCAGACACGAUCUUCAGAAAUUCCAAGAGUGCAGAUUCACAUUGGAUUACUACACCCAAUCAGCUACUUAGAAUAUGGAAUGAUGGAAAAAUACUUUACACUCUGAGAUUGACCAUAAAUGCAGAGUGCCAGCUCCAACUUCAUAACUUUCCUAUGGAUGAGCACUCCUGCCCCCUCAUCUUCUCCAGCUAUGGAUACCCACGAGAUGAAAUGAUUUACAAGUGGAGAAAGAACUCGGUGGAGGCUGCUGAUCAGAAGUCAUGGAGACUAUAUCAGUUUGACUUUAUGGGCUUGAGGAACACAACAGACAUAAUUAAGACAACAGCAGGUGACUAUGUGGUGAUGACUGUGUAUUUUGACCUAAGCAGAAGAAUGGGAUACUUUACAAUUCAGACCUAUAUCCCCUGCAUACUAACUGUCGUUCUGUCAUGGGUCUCCUUUUGGAUCAAAAAAGAUGCAACUCCAGCCAGAACAGCACUAGUGAGUGCUUUCGGACACAGCAUGGCUCUGCCUACUCGUCUCCAUCUAAUAUUAUCUUUUGGUUAUGCAGGAAUAACAACAGUAUUAACCAUGACAACACUCAGCACAGUGGCAAGGACGUCACUACCCAGGGUUUCGUAUGUCACGGCAAUGGAUCUUUUCGUCACUGUGUGUUUCCUGUUUGUUUUUGCGGCUCUCAUGGAGUAUGCCACACUCAAUUACUACUCCUACAGCGCUCGCAGAUCAACCUGCAACAAGACGAAAAGAUCGAACUACUCUGUGCUGGAUUUGGGGCCACCACCCACAGUCAUUACCCUCAACAACUCCAUGUACUGGCAGGAGUUUGAUGAUGCCUGCGUUUAUGAGUGCCUGGACGGAAAAGACUGCCAGAGUUUCUUCUGCUGCUAUGAAGAGUGCAAAGAUGGAGGGUGGCGAAAGAACCGCUUGCAUAUUGACAUUUUGGAACUUGAUGCAUACUCUCGUGUGUUCUUUCCCACCUCUUUCCUAUUGUUCAACAUCGUCUACUGGGUAGGCUACUUGUAUCUUUAG